AUGACCAGUCACUUUGCCCUUUUCCAAGAAAGUACCGAUAACUUGGCGAUUUCACUUCCCCAUGAGGUGCAGAGAGCCAAUGUAAACACCCGGGACCCAAUUCCCAACGCGAUACCUAUUGAAAGCGAUGCGGUCCGCCGAGGCGCACACAUCCUCCAACUUCUGAGAAACAUUCCAGUUUAUCAGAGAAUCACAGAAGCUUCGAUUAGAACCACGCAGGAAAGCGGUGUUCUAAGUAAGCCAGUUGUUGAGCUCACUUUCAAGUCCCUACAAGAUUUCGCUUCACAACCAUCCAGUGACUUCUCUGCGCUACUCACUCGUUCGCGACAAAUCUUUGGCUUGUUCUCGUCUCCGAUUCCAAUUCACUCCUCAGUCAGUCUAAACGACUUCAUGUCAUCCAUGUCUUGCAGGUGGGAGAUCAUCGGCCUGGCUUUCUCCUGCUUGGGGGUAGCCACUGCGCUGCCCGGUGAUUGGGACUCAAUAGUCGACGGCAAGCCAGUCGGUUCCAGGAAAGAUCUAGGAGAUUUAGCAUUGUCAGCAACAGAAACAUGUCUUUCGUUUUGUAAUGAAGCCGGUGUGUUGAACGAUGCCGUCAGUUGGCUCAUUUCCCAACGCCUCUUCCUCGCCACUCUAGUCCACGGAGAUCGAGACUACCGGGCGUGGAGGGCGUUAGGAGACCUCUCAACAAUUAUUUUCACUCUCGGCCUCAACCAGCCUCCCAGCGAUGAGAAUGCGCCUUUUUGGCUUGUGGAAACACGAAAACGUGUGAUGGGCAGUGCUUUUAGCUCGGACAAGCAAAUGGCUACAUUUCUAGGAAGGCCGCCGCGCAUCAGCUGGCGCUUCUGUGACAUCACGCCACCUCUUGAUCUCAGUUUCGAUGAUAUUAUUGCAGAGCCCGAGGUCCGGGACAACGCGAUCAGCAAGCUUGAUGCCAAUGGUUGGAAUACUGAGAACAAUGAUACACAAGCAGUAUGGCUGAGAGCUUACCUAAUUAUGGGCCCUGUGCGAGAAAGCAUUUUAGAAUUAUCACUAAACCAGCAGGGCGAAAACCUUCCGGCAAAAAUUGAGGAGCUCUUGCAGCAGUCUCGUCAGGCCUGGUUAGGUCUCCCUUCAUUCCUCCACCGACCGCAGGAUUCUGCAUCGUACGAUCUAGACUUCAAACAGACCGUCUUUCUCCAGCUACAUCUGGACUAUCUCUACGAUCAGUUUCUGCUUUAUCGAAUCCUUUCGAAACGUCAAAAUACCUGGUCUCCAGAUCUCGUCAAGGUCUCCCAUGAGAUUCUUAGCGAAGUGCUAUUGCUUAUUGAAAGUCGGGUUCGGUCCAUGCGACUAACUCCUGAACUGUCUUGGGUGAUAUCUUUCUUUGGUCUCCCCUCAGCCGGUGUUCUUUCAAUUGAACUUGUUCGCCGCGCUUCUCAUCAGUCCAUCGACCCGUCCGAUCCUUCUUUAAGUUCGGCACAACCCUUUUCUCGUUCGGGAGUCAUACAGGACCUGAGCAUAUUCGCAUCUUAUCUCCGAACAAUUGUUCAAUCCCACGAAGGGAACUACGGUAUAUGUCAGCAAGCCCGAGAGACGAUUGGGCGUGUGUUGGACUUUAUAUUGUCUUCCGAAACCGCCCCACUGGCUCCUCUAAACAUGACCAGUAUCGUGCCGGAUCCGCAUUCCCCAAGUACCACUGACAUGGCCAACAUUUUGGACUACAACUAUUAUAUUUCAAAUCUCGACAAUUGGCAAUUUGAACUACAAGACAUGCUCAUGUUUUAA